GUCGAUGACAUUUACUGUGAAGGUUUCUGUUUAUUAUUGUAGACCAUCGUGAAGGAGAUGGCAUCACGUGGUGUUCAGAAUCGCGAGUCUGGCCGGCUGAAAGACUCAAAUCAGAAGAGGAUUUUGGACGAGGCGACUCGUCAACGUCGCGCUAAGCAGGCCGUCGAAGCCUUGGACAGCGACAACUUUCACGAAGACCCCCACGGCGACUUGGUGGCGAACAAAAACGCGCCUAAGUUCCACGACACGCUUCGCGAAUCGAGGAAGAGCCGCAGGUCCAAGAGUGCCGACUACUACAAAUUUAAGUACCGCAAGUCCUUUAGCCAGAUGGUCGAGUACGAAACCCUCGUACGUCCUGAUGCUGUCAAGUUUACGGAUGCUGUCGUCCCACCGUCAAAUUUCCCGACGAGGAAUUUCUGCUCUCCGUGCGGCUUUCCUAGCAAUUACCACUGCAUCACCUGCGGUUCUAAGUACUGCAGUGUCAACUGCCUCAGGGUGCACACUGAGACUAGGUGCCUUAAAUGGACUGCAUAACAUGGACAGGUUAAUUUCCACUUGUAAAAAAGCCCGUUUAAAGUUGAAUCUAAUUAAGGAUACAUUACUAUAUUAUCCAAUUACAUUCACAUAUUGUCCCAACUUGGAUGUCGCUUAGUAGAUUCCUUAUCAAGACAACCAUAGAAAAUGGACAGAAGUGCUCAUUGUACAUUUUUCAUAAUGUCUAGCAUUUUAAUUGACUGUAAUAUGUUUUACAUUGUAAGUUUGGUACAUUAUUAAAGAAAUUUAUUUAUUUUUA